UCCAAAACUCCAAAAUGGCCUCCUCCAAUGCCGUUGCCUUCUGUUUCUUCUUGGCUCUUCUCCUCCCUGCCUCUUUAGCUCAACUCUCCGAGAAUUUCUACGACAAAACUUGCCCAACUCUCCCCAACAUUGUCCGCGCCGCCGUCAAGAAAGCCAUCGAUUCCGACGUCCGCGCCGGCGCUAAACUCAUCCGCCUCCAUUUUCAUGAUUGCUUCGUCAAUGGCUGCGACGGCUCUGUUUUGCUAGUAGAUGCUCCGGGCAUAAUCAGUGAGCUCAACUCACCCGGAAAUCAAGGAAUCCAAGGACUUGAAAUUGUCGACGCCAUUAAAGCCGACGUCGAGAGGAGCUGUCCCGGCGUAGUCUCCUGCGCCGACAUCCUCGCUCAGGCAUCGAAAGACUCUGUCAAUCUGCAAGGUGGGCCUAGUUGGAGAGUGUUGCACGGAAGAAGAGACAGUAAAAUAGCGAACAAAACAGGGGCAGAUGCGAACCUCGCAAGUCCGUUCGAGACUCUGGUUCAACUGAAAGCCAAAUUCGCAGCGGUUGGCCUCGGAACAACCGACCUCGUCGCACUAUCGGGAGCUCAUACAUUUGGGCGAUCGAGGUGCAGAUUCUUCAGCCACCGAUUUAGCAAUUUCAACAAUACGGGAAGCCCAGAUCCAUCGCUGGACCCCAACUACAGGCAAGUUCUAGAAGGGGUAUGCUCGGCAGGUCCAGACACAAGAGCCAAUUUCGAUCCAACAACCCCGGACGUGUUCGACAAAAACUACUACACCAACCUUAAAGUGGGAAAAGGACUCCUACAGAGCGACCAAGAGCUGUUCUCCACUCCUGGGGCGGACACAAUCGCCAUUGUGGACAGCUUUGCCGCCAGAGAAGGGACGUUCUUCAAGGAGUUCAGACAUUCGAUGAUGAACAUGGGGAACAUCAAGCCUUUGACUGGAAGUAGUGGGGAAAUCAGAAGGAACUGCGCAAGGGUGAACGCAGCAGGGAUGGGUGGAGAAGGGCACGAUGUUAUGUAGGACCCACCAGCUUGGUUGUUGUGUUGUGUUGUGUUGUGGAGUUGUUAAAUUAAGUAUGAUUAAGCUAAGGUUUGUGGUUAUGUAAUCUGUGUGCGCCCUUUUCUAAGUUAUGGUAUGCCUUUUUCGAGAUGAGAUAA